UGUUCCAUUUCAAUUUCCAAUUUAGAUGUUAUGCUGGCAGCUCGUGGUGUCCAUAGAUUAGAAAUCUCCUCAUUGGUUAGCGAAGAACUACAACCGGCCAUACAAUUGAAAACAGCAGCAGUGGUCCUUAAACCUAACGAAGCUAAAAUAUCACCUUUAAGUUCGACACGUGACGUGAUACCCGAAGGCCGUCAAAUCUAUCAAAAUCUUCUUACUUACACCCUUAACGUGGCCAAACCCAUGGAGGUGGCUAUCUAUGCCCCCAUUUUCAACUCUGUCCUCUAUGAGUCGGAGUAUGAGUCCCAAUUGUGGAUGAUUUUCGAUGCUAACAAGCAUAUGGUUGCAUGUGGUGAUGCCAACUCUCACACCUUCUAUACGAAAUUGGAUAAGGGCGAAUAUACGAUACGUCUGCAAAUACGCCACGAGAAACGUGACUUGCUGGAGAAAAUCAAUGAGGCCAAUAUGGUGGCACUAUUUAAGCUGCCCAACAGCUUGAAUCUUGAAGUUUAUGAUCAUUACAACCAAUCGGUGAUAAUGGGUCGUAAGUUCAAUUAUUGCACGGUUAAGCAGGAUUGUCCCAAAGUCUUGUACGUGUCACCUUUAUCGCAAGAGAAACUAACAAAAGCUGGUUUGCCCAGCAACAGCGCCUGGUUGGGUGGUAGUAUUAUGUUGGCUAAAGAUGAAAUGGGACGCAAAGCUGAUGUGCAAGAGUUUACAUACGUUUUGAAUCCAGCUGAGACAGGCAAAAAGAAUGGUGGUGGUAAUGGUGGUAGUGGUAGUAGUGGUUCUACCUCUAAUACUUCGUCCACUGCAGCUAAUGCUAAAACUAAAUCAACUGCAGUGGCUGCUGCUGGUGCCGGCGUUGGUGGUCCUUCGCCUGUACCCUCAAAUGCUGGUGAUGCUGGUCAGGGUUCACCCAAGAAAGCCAAGACAGCCGUAGAUGAAUAUGCUGAGGGUUUGCGUGAUUUCCAAUGUACAAUGUUAACUAAAUGUGAACUUGAAAAAGCUGAAAAAAUCUAUGAAGACAUAAUUGCUGCACAUCCCAAACAUUUGGCUGCUCAUUUACUGCUCAUACAAAACAUUGAAUCAUCAUCUGAAUUGAAGGCUCAAUAUCCGUUUACAUUUGCCAAGUCAUUAAAAGCAAACAAUAUAACGCCAGCAACAGGAACAACAACAACAACAACAGCAACAACUGAGGAUUUAUCAUCGUCAUCCUCAGCUUCAUCAUCGUCUGGCGCUACUGGGGGUGUUGGCUGCGAUGCAGAGGAUAAACAAAAGGAGAAUAAACAAAAAUUGCGCAAUGCUCUCGAACGCAUUGUUCUGUUGGCGGACAAUGUCAUUAGGGAUACCGAUAAAGAUGCAUUGUUGGCAUACUAUGGCAUUAAAUGCGAUACUCGUCCUGAUGCCUCAAAGAUUAAAACCCAAAUGGACAAUCAGCGUAAAAAUCUUUUGGAGGCAUUGACCAAAAAGGGUAUUGCUGUUGCUAAAUUGUGUGUAUUGGAUAAAAACGUUAAAGAUCGUUUAGAGGAUAUUGAUAAUGUGUACACAGAAAUCAUUAAAUUUGUGGACGCCAGCGAUUCGAAGGUAAUACAAUUCUCUCUGUGGCAUGCUUAUGUCCAUGAACAGUAUGGUCGUAUGUAUAAAUAUUUGCAAAAACUUUGCGAUGAGAAGAGAAGUCGUGAAAACUUUGAGGAAAUCUAUUUAAUUGCUGGAGCCUUAAAAUAUGAACAUUUACAAACGGUUGUGCAACGUUUGACUGUGUCAACAUUUCCACAAAGCUAUCGUUUGUUUUAAAGACCAACUUAAUGCAAACAUCAAUAACAGUAGCAGCAUUAGUAGCAGCAACAGCAGCAGCAUCAAGCAGCAAUGUUAAGAGGAGCAAAAGACAAAUAGAUAACACACUUCACUUUUAGCUAAAAACACAAACAGACAGACAGACAGGCAGACCUACAUACGGAUUUAGUUUUACACAAAAAUAAUUGGGAAAAUGAGUCAACUACUAGCAACUUUAACAACUAACUAGCA